AUGCUUCCCUUGCUGGUGAAUCUGCUCGCCGUGGCCUCUGCAUCGGAGUGCCCAAGCGGGGCAGAUGUCACGAGCUUGCUGAAUCAUCAGUCACUUCGUGUGGCCGAUCGCCAUUCACGCCCCUUGUGGAUGAGUGAAGUCUUCACGGACUUUACCUUGAGGGAUCUCGCGUGCCAAGGGAAGCCUUCUCAAGGCUUUACCCGUGAGUGUUGGACGUCGGCCUUUGAUCGUUUCGACCGGAACAGUGAUGGCAUCAUUUCUGCGGAGGAUGUGCAGGUGCUUGAGACGCUUGAGAGUGAGACCACCAAGAACAACUUGACACGUGCAGAUCUUCGGGCUGGCAUAGCAAUCGCGUGCCGCUGGUAUCCUGAAGAAUGCAUGCAACUCAUCGUUCAUGAGCCUUUGAUCACUGCGCUGGUCUUCGAUGAUACUGACAUCGGCGAAUUGCCACCUCGCUCCGGCACGAUUUGCUUUGCCUCAGCCUCCAGUGACUCAAGCCCUUCAAGUGAUUCCAGCGAGCCCAGUGAAUGGCAGAUGGAUAAACUUGAUGAUUAUACCAAAGUGGCAUUAGACGUCAGGGAUAUCUUGAAGGUCCUCUAUGACGAGGGCAUUUUUUCUGCAGCUCUCAAGGAAUCCUUAAAAGACAAGAGCUGGUGGGAGUGGUCGAAGAUGAUUGCUCAGAUCAAUGCGACGGUGGCUCUUUGGUUUAUCCCUGGUGCUGGUCAGGCGGCUUUCCUCCUACAGGAGCCGGCGACCAUUGGUGGGACCAUCGUGGGAUCCUUCUUGUCCAAGUACCUGGCCGACUUCGUCUUGAUGGUGCGGAACUCUGUGGUUUCGGGCUUGGAGAUGUUUUGGCGCGAGAAGGAUGCGAUUCCCAUUGUGCAUCAGGCGGCCGUGGAGGAGGCCCAGGACUCUCAGGAGGUCGCCAGCGAGGAGGAGGAUGCCAAAGAGUCCCGGAACCUGGUGGGGCAUUCCAUCCGCACGGUGGAGCGGGACCAUCGAACGAAGGCGGGCGAUGACGGCUGGAUGCGGGCGUUUGUCGUGCGGGCCGCGCUCGGCCGUGCGACCGGUCCCAGUGCGGCGGGGAGUCUCUUGUGGCUCCGUGAGUUUUUGGCUUUUGACUUGGGCCGCCUUGCCGUGGGUGGUCUGAUUUUCAGAGACAUGCUCAUCAAAGAACACCUCGAGAACGAAGAGGAUGACGGCCACGACUACCAAAUGGCGGAGAUCCGCUGGACAGCCGUCACUACCGUGAGGCCGCUCAUGCUAGAGCUUGGCGUGGAUCCUCAUGUGGCCUCAGCCACGGCUGCCACCAUGUGGGGGAUUCUCUUCACCUCAUCUGCCGCCUCUGUUUCCUUUGAGGUCUUUGGCCUUUUGAAGGCGGACUACGGUGCUUUCUGCUUCAUCCUAGGUCACCCCAACCUCGUCCGGACCGUCCUCCUCUCUUUAGCCGUGACGGAGCUCUCCAGAGGUUUCGUCAUGGCUCUCUCCACCUUGCUGCUGCUCUUCGAAAUCGUGGGGCCCUCUUCAGAUCAGAUCUCUCCAUCCCCGGUGCUGCUUCGCUCACCGCGCAUGAAGCGCCCGCUCACGGCCUUUUCGGACCAGCCGCACUGGCCGAAGCGAAGCGAGACGAAGCUGGUGAUGGUGAUGAAUUGCACAUGCGCCGAGCUCGUUUGCAGCCCAGGACUCUUCCUUCUGAUCACUCUGGAUUUGUUGAUUCUUUUCGCCGCGGCUCCCCUUUUCGUCGUGCACUCCCUGUCUGGCUCCAUCAAGCUCGUGAGGCCCAACAAACAGGUGGUACUGCGCAGCCGCGGAGAGAGGCAAGAUGCGCAAGAUGCGGAGGCGCGUCCCAGUCGCCGAGUCUUCACAGGGGAGCCUCCAGUGGAAGAAGAGGGGCCGCUGAUGGUGCAGCGCUUGUCCUCCUCGGCACCGCCACCGCCGCCCCCCUUCGAUGAAGCUGGCGAAGAGGCUGCCCGAAGACACUGCGUCUUCUUCCACAACGCGCCCAUUCGAGUGAAUGAGGCCACCUUGAAGCGCUUCUUCGAGCGAGCGGGGAACGUCCGGAGGGGAAGUGGAAGUGGUGCUGGGUUCUUCAUCCCUCAACUGCCCAUACCGCCAUGCCGAAUCAAGGUGGGCUCAGCAGGUUAG